CAAUGAGACAACGGAAGAAAUUAGGAGCAUUUACCUUCAGCUGCAAAUUGUUCCCUUAUGUGACAUGGCGUCUGGUAGGAAAGUCAGAUUUUGAUCAGUUCAAAGCGUUUUUAAUAGUUUUUAUGAAUUUGAUGUACAAGUCGGCUUGUUCUAAAAGCCACAAACAUUUUAUAGAGACUUGCAUUGAUGGUAAUGCAUGCAAGGAAAACUCAACGGAUGAACGAUGGGUACUUCGAGAAGCACCAAGCCCAUCCCUAUCAGAACUCGAAGUAUAGUUCAUCGAAGAGUUAUGGCUCCAGCAGCGAAAGAUACGAAAGAAUUAGGGAUUCACCAAAUGGUAAUUAUCGGUCAGACAGUCCUGACUCACAAUCACCCAGAGACCGCGAUCGAUCUUAUCAGUCGAAGAGCUCCUACCUACAGAAAAUACGUGAAAAGGAGAGAGAAAAUAGAGACUACAAAAGAGACAAGUAUUCAGAUUGUGCCAGGUCGCCAAAGGAUAAACGCAGCAGAGAAUCUGAGCACAGGACCAAUAAUGACCGAAAUGAUGAAAAGAGCAUUUUGCAUCCUAUAAAGAUGUCACAAAAUUUGUCAUCGAGGGAUAGGAAACCAGUGCAUAAUAAUUCAGUGGACAAGAGGGAUGAUCGGGAUAGAGUUGCUAGAGUGGGCGAUUGGUCAGAGCAUGUCAGUUCUUCAGGUAAAAAGUACUAUUACAACUGCAAAACCGAAGUAUCUCAAUGGGAGAAACCAAGGGAAUGGAUAGAACGUGAGAGGGACCGAUUUAGGAAUAGAGAACGAGAACGAGACCGAGAUCGAGACUCGGAUCGGUGCUACAGCCGCUCCGGUACGCGGCACGAGAAACAUUCCAACUCACGGGCGGCGAAUAGCAGCAGCAGCAAAGAUGGGACUCGAGAGAGCGCGACAGGCAGUCGGCACUGGAGCAGCAGCAGCAGUCGCGACGACAGCGACGUUCCCGGCAAAGACUCCAGAUCUUCGCGGAAGCACCCCGAGGAGAACGCGCAAGCGACGCAAGACAUGGACAUCUCCCCGGGCGACAGCACGCCGACGUCGGAGAUUUCGUACGGGAAUAGUUCUGGCCAGCAAGUGGCCGAGCAAAACACUCUGGGACCUGUUCUGUUGGCAAACGCCUUGCCACGAUUAAUUUCGCAUCCCAUUCACAUGCCCUCAACGCCGGGACGACCGGAAUCGUCACCGCAGAGCACGCCGUCUAUGAUGCCGGUACCGACGACGGUCACAAUAUCCAACACGCCUGGACCACCGAGUUUACCACGGAUUAUGUCACAGACUACGCCUACCGAUAAUUCUGACAAAAACUCACAUGGUUCUAUAGGUUUGCAAAGGCAGACUAUUUCUGGGGAUAGUGCAGUGCAUACUUCUCUAAGUGUAGACACUAAUCAUACGGGAACUGUAGUUGAAGGCCCACCAACACCUACACAUUCUGAGACGCCGGAUUGUUCUAAAGUUGUCUCAGUACCUGUUAGUAGUCCACCGGGCAAUCUCUCCACACUUCAGGGAAUGUCAAGCUCCUUACAAGCUUUAAGACCCCAAGGUCCUUCAAUAACACCGUCAUUGGCUAAUCAUUAUAGAGAUGAUUUAGUUAAUCAUGUUAGGGGAUGGCCAGCGGAGAUUUUAGAAAAACAAGCCCAAAAGUUGGCAGAGGAGGCUCACAUUAUGGGUAGUAUACAAUGUUCUAAAGUUUCUGCUGAACUCAAGUCAGCUAGGUCAAUAGUUCGUCUCACAGAAAUUCAGGCCACAUUGCAAGAACAGAGAAUAUUGUUUCUUCGUCAACAAAUAAAAGAAUUGGAAGAAUUAAAAUCACAAAAUUCAUUCAUGUCUGACGAUUCUUAGUGGAUGAAAUAUCACAAGAUUAGUGUUAAUAGCUAAACAUUUUCGUUAAGUGGAAAGUAUGCAUUAUAAUUUAAUUAAUUUAUAACUUCAGCCGGUGUAUAUUUAUAUUUCCGUCAUAAUUUGCCUUCAAGUUGUUGACUUGGUAGGGCCUAUUUUCGCAUUUUAUUUAAUUUGUUAGAUACUAAAGACUAUUUCUCUUAGGUAGACUUUAAUAUGUGACCUGUAUUAUAAUGGUUUUAUGUUUUAGAAUUAGAUAAAUUAAUAUAAUAUAGAAAUAGUUUUUUUCACAAGUGUAUAUUUUCAUUUGAUGGCUUGUAAAAGCUUCAUAAUCACAUUGUACAAAUUUGUUUUAAUUAGUUACGAUUUUGUUGUUAUUUUCUGUGUAUUUGUAGAAUGUAUUUAAACUUGUAAAAAUAUUAUUUUAUAAAAUAAAAUUAUUUUCCAAAGUCUGUUAUAAUUUUAAAACUUAGUUAAGUUGUUACAAUUAUAAACUGUUAACUUUAAUUAUAUCUUACGAAUAUGCGACAACGGGUGGAACAUGCAGCAAUUGAUCAAAUGGAAAUAUACACGAAGCAGUAAAAAGCACAUUGCUCCUUCAAAACAAAUAUUUUAAAGUUUGUAUUUUUUUCAAAAAAAUGAAAAAAUAAAAAAUCUAUUAAAUAUCUUGUGAUAUAAAACACUGUUCAUGUUUCUGUUCUAUGUUGCUUUAAUGUAAGAAAUUUAUAAAAUACAAUUGUUAUAUUCAAUAUAAAUAAAAUUACACUAAUUUUGUACAUCCAGAUAUUUGAAUAUGACAACUGUAAAAGUGAUUUUAUACAAUUACCUUAUUUACAUUUCUUUUGUAUUUAUAUUUUAUUAUCAAUUUUAAAAAAUUAUAACUUUUUAAGAAAGUACAACUUUUGACGCAAAAUCUUAGUCUUAAUUUCCACGAGAUUUAAGGCUCUUCUGACGUUUAGCACAUUUUCUUUUGGCUGAGGAAAUACUUUGUAUAGUUGUCUCCAUGUAUUUGAGUGUAUGUCUGUUAUAUAUAAUCUUAUAAAAUUGAAAUGUUCCAUACAAGUAACAUUAAAACUUUUUAAUCUAAAA